AUGAACAAUACCUCGGGAGGAGGAACAGGAGGAGGAAGAGAACAACAACAACACGCGCGAAACCAACAAGCGACAAAAGUCGGUUCUGGUGAUAAUGGUGUUCCACACACGAAGUUCUCCUCGAAGCAGAGCAAAACGAGCACGGUGACCAUAACCGGUGAACACGAACACGUCAUCUCCGGCUACUCGCUCCUCAAAGGCAUCGGCGACGGGGAACCGAUCGCCUCUGACCGAUUUACCGUCGGGGGACACGAGUGGGUCCUCUUGUUCUACCCGGACGGGAAACAAACGCAAAACGCGCAAGCGCCUCAGGCGCCGCCGCCGGAAGAUCCGUACUGCGCGUUAUUCGUGGCGUUGAUUUUAGAAGGACCGAGGUCGUUAGGUGUGACGCAAAGCUCGAACGGGAAAGUUGUGCGAGCGUUUCAUCGGUUUACCUUGGUGGACCAGAGCGGGAACGGGAGAGAUAUCACGAAAGGGAGGCAAAGAGAGCAAGGCGCGGUGAAGAUUUCGUGCGAGAGGCAAGAUCCGAACGCGAGGAAUUGUCACGGGUACAGGAAGUUUGUCAGGAGAAGCGUUUUGGAAGCGCCGAAUAGUGGAUAUUUGGUGGACGAUACGAUUGUUAUUCGGUACGAGAUUGAUUUAGUGGUCACGAGCGGAGGCGCCUUGAACAAGAGUUCGAAACAGACGCAGUCGUUCGUCGUGGAUAUCGGCAAGCAAAUGAAGAUGGGAGAGCAUUUGGUGAAGUUGUUGCCACCGAGUCAAAGUUGGCGGAAGAGAGAGAAGAGGAUGAUGUUGGCGAACGGGUUAGGUAAGAGGAGUUUGAUGUUGGGCGGAGGCGGCUCGAAUAAAACAGGAGGAGGAGGAGGAGGAAGUAUCGGCGGCGUUCCAAAAUUGAAGGGUAGUGGUGGUGAUGAUGGUGGGCUUCCUUCGUCCUCGGAGAAAGGAGGAGGGAACGGCGGUAUCAUCGAUAAUUCCAAGAAGAAGAUGAAGAAAACCACCCACGCGAAGAAAGAAGCGAUGAAUAAGAACGAUAAAGACGACGACGAGCUUUUGAGACGAUUCGAGCGAGAACACAUCGAUUUGGAUUCGGAACCAGAAGACGACGCCGGGGACGAAGACAGAUUGGCACUCGGUAACGACGGAGGAAACCACGGUAAUGCGAACAACAACAACGGGAACGACGACGACGAAGAAGAAGACGAAGAAGAGACCGCGGCGAGGCAAGCGAAGACGAACGCAUCUGUUGCAGCUGCGACGAUGAAUAACAACAACAACAAUAAUAACAAGAGAACGCAACAUCAGCCGCAACGACUUUCCCCAAUGGACGGCACCUCUUUCAUGGGCCUCGAUGAACAUGAUUUGACCGAUUGUUGUUUCCGAGUCGAAGACGAGUAUUUUCGCGCGCAUAAAAUCAUUCUCUCCGCGCGAUCUCGCGUCUUUGCCGCCAUGCUUCGCGCCGGGUGGAAAAUGCGCGAAGGCACGGAAGGCGUGAUUUCUUUGAAAGACAUCAAACCGAAAGUGUUUGAAAUUUUGUUGCACUUUGUUUACGCGGACGAGUUACCUAAGUACAGCAAGCGCGCGUACAGAAGAUUUGUGCUCAUGAAAGAUGAGAAAAGGAAGAAGAAGAAAGGGAGCACGCGACUCGGAGACUCGGACGACGACGGCGACUCUGACGUUUCGUUAUCGGAUUUGGAGUCGGACUCGGAAGACUUUGACGACAACGACGAUGAUGAAGAAGAAGACAGAGACGAGGAGUUCUUAAAUGAGGAGCGUCACGUGCGACGACGACGAGACGUAGGAUCGGUGCAAGCGAAUUCGGAGGCGGCGGCGGGUGCGAAGAGGAUUCAAGUCUUCGAUAAAGGCAUUCGUCAACUGAUUGGCGAAAACGGCGCGCAACACAAAGAACUCGACUUGGGCAUCGCGAUGACGCAGCACUUACUGGUUGCCGCGGACCGAUUCGAUCUUGGGCGCCUGCGCGCGAUUUGUGAGACGAGGUUGUGCGAUACGAUUGAUUUAGAAUCUGUCAUUGGAACUCUCGUAUUGGCUGACCGAAACCAUGCGCCGAGUUUGAAGCAAGGGUGUUUGCAAUACGUCGCUUCUAAUUUACCCGACAUUAUUGCGACGGAAGCGUACAAGGAAAUGUCGAUGACGUGUCCGCACUUACCAAGUGAGAUUUUGCGUACCGUGUCAUCGUUACAAAACGGUGGCGGGAGGGGCGAAAGAGUUACCGGCGAAAGAAAAACCAUCAUCGUGAGUUCUGCGGCGCAAAACGCGUAUCAACAACAGCAACAACAGCAGCAACAACAGCAGCAGCAGCAGCAGCAACAACAACAACAACAACAACAACAACAACAACAAGUCGCCCCACCAAUAACACAGGCAGCCAUCGAUCAAAUGAUCAAUCAAAGUCUCCUUCAAUCAAACUAUCCUUCGAGUCGUGUAACGGAAGAAAUUUUGCGCCGCGGCGAAGCUGAGAUUCUAAGAUUGACGAAUAACGCUGCCAACACUACAGCCGCCGGCAACAACAACAAUAACAACAACGUUUCAAACGCUGCGGCAGCAAAUACUGCCGCAGCACCAGCCGUUGAAGAAGUGGUGUUCAAUAAUAAUAACAAUAACAACACUCCAUCAUCGGCGAGAGUAAAUACCUUCCCGGAUCGUUCUCGAGGUGCUCGAGGUGGCGCGGUGAAUCCAGUAGACGCGGCGGCGAUGGCGGCUUCGUUGGACACGAGUCACUUGGGUAUGGAUGUGAAUAAUCCCAGUGUGAAUAAUCCCAACGACGCGGCUAUGAUGAGGUUUUUGGGGCAUAUAAAUCCGGACACACAACGCGAACGUCGCGCCGAGCAUCGAAAUGCAGUGCAAGCGGCGGCGGCGAGAGGGGAGCAACGCGCGCAGGAUGUCGGCGAUAAUGUUCUUGAACUCCCGCGAUUUGCUCGUCAUUUAAUUCCACCGCUUGCUACCGGUGCCGGCGGUGGCGAUGACUUCUUUAGUUCUCUCUUGGACCCCACGCCUCACGCGGCGGCAGCUCCGAACACCACCACCGCUGAUGCGAACAACAAUGAUACCGAAGGUCGUGCGAACGCGGCAAACGCAAGAGAGGGUGACGUUCCUGGUAUUGAUAAUAACAACAACGGCAGUGAAAGGCGCGUGAGAAGACGCAUGUAG